CUCAGUCCCGGUGUCCCCGAGUUGAAGCCCAGGCCGGCUAGCCGAGAUGCCUUCCCUGGGGCUGGUGAUGGAGAACGGCCAGGUGCUCCCGGCCUUUCUGCUCUGCAGCACACUGCUGGUCAUCAAGAUGUACGCGGUGGCUGUCAUCACAGGCCAGAUGAGGCUGCGGAAGAAGGCUUUUGCCAAUCCCGAGGAUGCGCUGAAACGUGGAGGCCUCCAGUACUACAGGAGUGACCCAGAUGUGGAGCGCUGCCUUAGAGCCCACCGCAACGACAUGGAGACAAUCUACCCUUUCCUCUUCCUCGGCUUCGUCUAUUCAUUCCUGGGACCCAACCCUCUGAUCGCCUGGAUACAUUUCCUCGUUGUCCUCACAGGCCGUGUGGUACACACCGUGGCCUACCUGGGCAAGCUGAACCCGCGCCUUCGCUCCGGGGCCUAUGUCCUGGCCCAGUUCGCCUGUUUCUCCAUGGCCCUGCAGAUCCUCUGGGAGGUGGCCCAUCAUCUGUGACCAGCAGCUGAAGCCUCCUCAGCUACCACAGUGGGGACAGAGCCAUGAAGGCUGAACUUGAGGACUUGGUGUCUCUUCUAGAAUAGGGACGGGCUCUGGUCCUGGGGUCCUGGCUAACCUGGGCGUGUGGAUCUCUGGGCCCAAUGUGCAUAUGUGUGUUUCUUAGCCUUUCGGGAUCCUGGGUGAAGUACCCAUCUGGAACCACUUACAGAUGAGCUGUCAAAAUUGGCAGGACAUCCUUCACCUCACAAAAUGCCUUAAACAUCACACCACGCUCCCUCUUACCCAU